AUGCUGCGCGUGACGUCUCUGCUGGGCUCCUUGCUGCUGGUAGCCGGCGUCGUGAUCGGCUCGUCGACCGCCGACGACGAUGACGUCAUCCAGCCCCGUCAGAUUCGGGUUCAACACGUUUCGUAGCUUCGUUAUGGUUAAUCACGUGUAGUCAACGCUUAAGUGACCACUUAGAGUUGGAUUUUAGCCUAAAUUUUCAUGGGCCUCAGGAACACAAAAGAAAGAAAAAGAAGGAACUCAAAAGUCAAUUAACCAAUUUCAAAAAAAAGUAGGCUCACCGGGGUCUUUGGACGCAGUGGGACUUCUGAGUAAGACUUUUCUAUAUGUAGUCUUAAACGCUGAUUCUAAAGCUGGUUUCAAAAAUUGCCCAAUACGUCUGUGAAAAAAGAUAGACACUCUCAAAAGUCGGAAACUUCAGUGUCUUAAAUUGAGCUUAUUUUUGGAGAGUCUGUUCAGAUUUUGAAUGUCAAGUGAAAUGACGUCAUUCAAAAACACUCUGUGGAUGGCUCGCUUUCUGAUUGGUUUAUCGCACUAUUAUGGGCGGAGCUUGAGCGAUGACUUGACAUUCAAAAUUUGAACAGACACGUAGAUUUUGCCAGGAAAAACGGUUGAAGCUCAAGUUUUUUGGGAAAGUUAGAACAAAAAAACAAAAAAGAUCAUACUUACAUAGUUUUAUGAACAAUGGUCCCACGCGUAUGGAGAUCAAGGUCGUUUUAACAUGUGCACCCGACUUGAAACGACUUGCGCGAGAAAAGUUUUAAGUCACAAAAGACAUCGGCUGUUUUCCGUGUGCGGUUAAGUUUCAAGUCGCGGCCAAAACUUUGCAACAAAAGAAAAAUUUUAAUGCGUUGAGUCUUUUUUGUAGCUUCUGCCAAAAAUCUCUAAAGAUCCCGAUUUAAUUUUAAAAAGUUGUUCAGAACUUCCCGUACUCGGUCUCGCUUUAUCGUAUGCUCGGACAUGACCGGCAACUACGGCCGUACUACGGUUCUGACGACGAGGUUCUAUUUUGAAGUUACUUUUUGGCUUAAAGGCAUAGGGGCAUUAAAAAAUGGGGUUUCAGGUGAAAGCAGUAUCUUAUAUAGUUUUUCUUUGCGAAUCGAACGGUGUACUAAAAAAAAUUACAGAUGUUUCAACUUUAGAAGAAAAACGCAAUUUUACUUUCCCGCCUUUAAUUUUGAAAAAUUCUUUGGAUCGGCCUACGUACAAAUGUUUACAGUAGCGGUGCACGCGAUGUUGCGGACGUCUCAUAAGACUCGCAUUUUGUGAUAACCGGAUAUCUGCUUCAAAUCAAGGGUUUCUUCUCUGAAAAAUCGAUUAAGAAAACAGAAAACACACAUUGAUAAUAAAGAAAACAUAAUAUAUCGCUAUCCCCAUCGAAACCUGUGUAAAAUCAUCAUUUUUCACCAGAAACGCUUUUUUGCGAUCAAAGUUUGCAAAUUAUACAUUAAUAGAAAGUUUUUGUGACAAAAAGAACUUUGGUGACAACAGAAAAAUUGAAAAUUGAAAGAAACGAAGAAAAAAGCGAAAAUCCGGAAGAUGGCGAAGCCUGUUGUCCGUAGAACAACUUUACUGCAAAGCGCCCUUUUUGCGGGAACUCAAACUUUCCUCUCUCCAACUUUGAAUUAUUUUUUCUUCAAAACUAGGAAGUUCGGUACGUUCCCAAGUUUACCGUUCGAUUCGCAAUGAAAAACUCUACAAAGUAAUGCUUUGAACUGAAACAUCGUUUUUUACUGCCCCUAUGCCUUUAAGAAACAAGAUUCACUUGUUUGAAAGGUUCGGCUUCGAAAGAAAAAAAAAUCAAGAGCUGAAAUUUUUUUUUUGAUUUUUCUAGUUCUCGAAAGGCGUCAGAAGCUCAUUUCACUUUUUGUUGGAAAUUUCUUAAAACUGGGCCAGAAAUUUCAAAUAUGUACCAGAAAAAGAUCCUGAAAAUCUAGACCUGCAAAACUUUCUAGUUUUGUAGAAAUAAGGGUUCGAAGUCCUAUAAUAGCCCAAUUUCGAUGGACUUUGAGGUGCCUUUUCUCGAAAACUAGGAAGUUUUGCAGGUUUUGGCUUUCAGGAUCCUCCUCCGGUGCAUCUAGGAGUCUUCUGACAAAUUUUCAGGAAAUUCGGAAAAAAAGAAAAUCCUUUUAAGGUUAAAAAGCUCAUAGUCGCGACUUGAAAGGGUGGGACUUCUCUGUGCCCUCCUUAUCUCUCGACGUCUCUCUCAUGUUUGCGUGCUGUUUCCAUGUUUUUCUGACUUGUGAGGGAACAAAGAGACGCAGACACGCGAGAACUGUCCCUGAGGACACUGAAGUGGCCACUAAACCCACCUCCAUAGUGGCUACUAUUUUCUGUUUCAGUGGACAUUGUAGGGGUUCUCUAUUUAGUGGCCACUUCAGUAAUUUUUCAUCAAGUAUUCCUUCUAGUAACUCUGAUAAUUAAAAAAAAACAGAUUGAACCAGUUAUGUUGAUCCAUUGGCCCCUAAAGUGGCCACUAAAAUUUUUAGUGGUCUAGUAGUAGCACUUAGACCUCUAUAGUGGCCACUAAUUUUUAGCCCCUUAAGUGACCACUAAUUUGAUUACUAUAGUGGCCAUUAAAAGUAUAGAAGCUUGAUGUUCCGAUUUUUUUUCUUAACUAUUCAUUUUUUGAAGGUUGCCGCACUAAUCGAUUCGAUGAACAAAGACGUGUGGACAACGCGGUUGAGACGAAGUGAAGGGGUUAAAGGUUCAUAAUUUUUCCAUAAUUAAUAUAUUUUUCAUGUUAGCAAUCAAUUUAUUCACAAGCGGAAGCAGAAUAUAAUUCACAAGAAGGUAGAUAAAAAAAUAUAAACGCGCAAUAAAUAGAUAAAAAAAUUGUUCUGCUUUUGUUAUUUUUAGACUCGAGUUAUUGAACGUUUGGACCAGAAAUUAUCUUAAAAAAAUCCUUAUUUUAAUGAAUUUUUUUCUUGCAGGAUAUGCGUGCCGCUUCAAAUUUUGCCGCAUUUUCGACGCCUGA